AUGAACGAGAUUAGGUUGAAUGACAGAGAACUGAAGUUUGCCCGUACAUUGAUGUUUACUGUGGAGGAGAUCAACAGAAAUACAGAGCUCCUUCCUGGAGCAAGUCUGGGCUACAGACUGUAUAACGGCUGUGGGAGUGAAAACCUGAUACGAGCAGCUGUAGAAGCAGUGACCAGAGAGGACUCAAAUGGCUGCGAUGGUCAGAUACAGGCUCUCUUGGGUCAUUCAUCUUCUGGAAUAAGUGAAGACAUAAACUUCAUACUAAGCCCUCUAUCUAUUCCACAGGUGAGCCAUCUUUCAACCUGUGCUUGUUUGAGUGAUAAAAGAAUAUACCCAACAUUCUUCAGAACUGUGCCAAGUGACCGUUUCCAAAUCCUCGCUCUGGUGCAGCUUAUGAAAUACUUUAACUGGCGCUGGGUGGGGGUUAUUUUCUCUGCAGGUUUGUACGCUGAGAAAGGGACAGCUGAAUUCACCAAGGAAGCAAAGAAAGAGGGUAUAUGUAUUGAAUACUCCUUGCGUUACAUUAAGAGCUCUACCACAAUAAUAGAGACCACAGUAAAGACACUGAAUAAUUCCUCGUCAAAGGUGGUCCUGUUGUUUAUGUCCUUUUUCUACGUGAAAUUGUUCUUGUCAAAAAUGGAAAACUAUAACGUUUCUGGGAAGCAGUGGGUUGGCAGUGAGUCUUGGAUCAUGCAAGAACACCUGGCCUCUGUUGAGAGGAAGAGCAUUUUACAAGGGGUGAUGGGCUUUGCCCUCCCUGAGGCGACUAUACCAGGUCUUGGUGAUUUCUUACUCAGCUUGAAACCUUCUGAUGAGCCACAGAGUGACAUACUGAAAGCUUUCUGGGAGCAGUACUUUGGCUGCAGUUUUUCUCCAUCUAAUGCCUCUACCCUAUGCACUGGCACAGAGGAUCUAAGAACAGUCUCUAGUGACUACACAGACGUGACACAAUUCAGACCUGAGAAUAAUGUGUACAAAGCUGUGUACUUGGUGGCAUAUGCCCUCCAUGCACUGCUGCAGUGUAGAAAUGGUUCAAACCCCACCACGGGAAAGCCAUGUGUGAAUAAAAAACAAGUUCAGCCCAAGCUGGUGUUGGAACACAUUGAACAUGUCAACUUUACAACACCAAAUGGAGCCAAGGUUUCCUUUGAUGAAAAUGGAGACUCAGUCGCCCAGUAUGACUUAGUGAACUGGCAGAUGAAAGACGAUGGCUCGGUUGAGAUUGUACCUAUCGGGCAAUAUGAUACCUCUUUUCCAGAGGGUAAAAAGUUUAAGCUCAAAGACAACAACAAAAUAAUCUGGGGAGGAGACAACAAAAAGGUGCCAAGGGCUGUCUGUAAAGAACCAUGCCCACCAGGGACUCGUAAAGCCAUAAACAAGCUAAAGCCAGUGUGCUGCUUUGACUGCUUUGAGUGCCCUGAGGGAACAAUGAGUAAUCAAACAAAUUCUCCAGAGUGUUUAAUCUGUCCGCUUGAGUUCUGGCCGAAUGAAAACAAAGAUCAGUGUCUCCCAAAACCCACUGAAUACCUGUCAUACAAAGAGAUCAUGGGGACCCUUUUAACAGUAUUUGGCUGUCUUGGCGUAUUUUUGUCUCUUCUGACGUCCAUCAUUUUUUUGACUCACAAAGAGACCCCCAUUGUAAAAGCCAACAACUCUGAGCUCAGCUUCCUGUUGUUAUUCUCACUGAAGCUGUGCUUCCUGUGUUCUCUAACCUUCAUCGGCCGGCCCUCUGAGUGGUCCUGCAUGCUGAGACACACAGCAUUUGGGAUCACCUUUGUCCUCUGUAUCUCCUGUGUUCUGGGGAAAACUAUAGUUGUUUUAAUGGCCUUCAGAGCUACGCUUCCAGGGAGUAGUGUCAUGAAAUGGUUUGGUCCCACACAGCAGAGACUCAGCGUUCUGACUUUCACCCUCAUUCAGGUUCUGAUUUGUGUCCUCUGGCUCACAAUUAACCCUCCAUUCCCCAAGAAGAACAUGAAGUACUAUAAGGAAAAGAUCAUCUUGGAGUGUGCCCUGGGUUCAGCUGUUGGAUUCUGGGCUGUAUUGAGUUAUAUUGGACUUCUUGCUCUCUUGUGUUUUGUACUUGCUUUCCUUGCUAGGAAGCUUCCAGACAGCUUCAAUGAGGCCAAACUGAUCACGUUCAGCAUGCUGAUAUUCUGUGCAGUAUGGAUCACGUUCAUCCCAGCGUAUGUCAGCUCUCCUGGGAAGUUCACUGUAGCUGUGGAGAUAUUUGCUAUUCUGGCCUCCAGCUUUGGUUUGCUUUUCUGCAUUUUUGUACCAAAAUGCUACAUAAUAAUCUUUAGGCCAGAAAGAAACUGUAAAAAGCAUUUGAUGGGGAAAAUACCACCAAGAACUCUUUAGUCUGUGUUGUUAGUGACCUCCAAACUCAAUGGCUUUGUAGGAGGACAGUUUUAUUAAAUGUUCUGUCACAUGUAAAAUGUCGAAACAAAAGAUGUACUUUUACCUUUUACUUGUUGUGUCAUGCUAAAUAAACUGAAUACACUGAC